AUGUUUCCAGCUUACGGUACAAUGAUGAGUCCAUACUAUGCCGGUGGACUCGGUGUUCCAUAUAUGAUGGGUGGUUACGGCGGUAUGGGAUACGGUCUCGGUGCUGGAAUGUACGGUAUGGGUAUGGGAAUGGGUUACCCAUAUGGAAUGAUCGCUACGAAUCCUUACGCGUAUAGUCAAUAUGUGAGUACCUACAGACCAUGA